AUGGAGACAGAGCUUCUGGAGGACUUUCUGCUAGCCGGCGCUGGCACGGACGCCGCGAGCUACUCGCUCGACGACGUCGACAAGCAGCGCGACGAGGACUUGUUCAGCGCCUUUAUCAACACCGACAUGCUCCAGCAGCAGCACUACGACACCCCAGCCGCGUCCAACUACACGGUGCUCGCCGGACGCGGCGACGGCGACGGCGACAUGGAUCUGGACCAGGACCAGGACCAGGACCAGGACCAGGACCCGGACCCCGAGGCCAGGCACGCCGAGUCGUCCACCAAGAAGUCGAUCAGCCCACUGGAUCCGCUGCCCACGAUGCUGACGGCUCCCCCAAACCCUGCUGAGCGUCUGGUAGACCACGCCCUCGAGUUUGGCCGUUCCAAACCCAUCCAAUCCGCCUACCUGAACGCCGCGGACUUCCUCAACCUUCCGGACCAGGCCCUACCCUACCGCCUCGAAGUCGGGGGUAUGCCCGUGACCUCGCGCGUAGAGACCCAGAUCAAGCUCGAACUCGCCAUCUCCCCCCCGCCCCCGGAGGGCCUCGUCCACCUGCCCUCCGACUGCAUCACCAAGCACAAGUGGCACCUUGCCGAAGACAUCACCACCUACCAGCCCGAAGUCCAGCACCAGAUGCUUUACGUCGAGGCCUUUCUCAUUUGCGCAUCCAACGGCAAGCCCACAUACGUCUGCAGUCGCUGUGUCAAGCGCGAGCAACGCCGCGCCUCCCGCCGCAAAUCGGGCCUCUGCGACAACCUGCUGUGGUGCAACAACGAGAACCGCCGCGCCGUCGUGUUCAACAGUAGACAGGUGUUUGCCAUCAAGGACCAUCAGUGCGACGAGGUCGCGAAACGCUUCGACCUGUCCACGCGUGUCGUGUGCUACUGUCGGCACCACAAGGAGCCCGAGGGCUUUAAGAUCCUGUUUGUGCUGCGUAACGCACGCCAGGAGGUGCUCGCCAAGACUGUUACAGGCCCGAUCAUGAUCAUGGACAAAAAGAGCAGCAGCGCGAAGGACUCUGGAGCGCAGACCACGGGCUCCGCGGGCGACUCGGCAUCUGCAGGCGCUUUCGACGCGACCGACGGCGAGCACAGCGAGCGUAGCGAGAUCCCUCACCUCACGUCCACGAGCGACCUCGAAAAUUUCAAGUCCGAACACGACUUGGUCAGCUUGGCGCUGCCAAAAUCCCAACACAUGCUUUCGCCCACGUCCCUGGGCGGGGAGAGCUCGGAGACGCUCGGGGGGGCUAGUGCUGCCGCGGCCGCCCCGGUGGCCAAUGCCAAUACCUCUCCCUAUGCGCGUCGUCAAGGUGCCAAGCGCAAGCGCAGCUCCCCCGACUUUAGGUCGCAUGGUUACAACAGCGUUCUCUAUCCAGGCUCUAACCCCAACUUCACAUUUCACGACUUCGUCAAACCACUGCCCCCUGUCCAGCUUGGUAAGUCGCUUUCCACCUCUUCCUCCAACCAAUCCUUGUCGCAAUUACAGCAAGCUCCGGCACCUGUGUCUAGUUCACUUGGUGUGGGCCCAAGCAUCGACGCUCAGCAACGAAGUCUCCCGUAUAUCAAUCGCGUUAUCCCAGCCCAGGGCCCCGUGAAAGGCGGUAUUGAAGUCACUCUUCUAGGCUCUCAUUUUAAGCCUGGGAUGAUUGUCAAAUUUGGCGAAAACAAGGCUCUCUCAACACAAUGCUGGUCCGAAUCUACGAUGGUCACAUACCUGCCACCUUCUUGUAAAUCAGGUGAAGUGUUGGUUACUGUUUUUGACAAGGAGGAUGAACAGCACCUGGAUUUGUUGGGUCCCAUGUCUAACAGUAAAGCCACUUUUACAUAUGUGGACGACACCGAUCGACAACUGAUUGAGUUGGCUUUGCAAAUAGUGGGUUUGAAGAUGAACGGUAAACUCGAAGAUGCACGUAACAUUGCCAAGCGCAUUGUGGGCCACGACAGUGGUCCUUCCAACAACUCCCCAGAUUCUAUUGCGGCAAAUGGGUCUCAAAAUAACUAUAGUACGGGACACGGGCAAGUGAUGUUUUCAGAUGAGAGCUUACUUUUGAGGGUGGUUAAGCUGUUGAAUUCCAGCUCUAAUUUGUCCAUGUGUGACGAAGAGGGACAAACCUUGUUGCAUUUGGCUUGCUUAAAGGGAUAUUUCCAAUUAGCGUCUACGCUGGUGCGGAAGGGCGCUCGUGUGGACGCCAAGGAUUCCUUUGGUUUAUAUCCUUUGCAUUUUGCUUGCUUGAACGGGGAUGCAAGGAUUAUCAGGUUGCUGGUACAGUGUAAAGCUGCGAUUCACGUCGAGGCGAUGAAUGGCGCGACCCCUCGCGAACUAUUCAUCAACAACCACGACACCGAUGACGAACGUUACGAGGACUAUUUGAACGAGGUACUCGAUGUAUUGGAUAUCGACUUCAGCACGGAAGAACAGUCUACAUUUAUGGGCCGAAAGUUGUCCGACAGCAGUUUCCAAUCGAGCGUCUUAGACGCCGGAUCCCUGGCGUCACUAAACGACAAUUUCCAAGUGCAUAUUUCCAAGAUGACCGAGGAUAGACUAUCGGACGACGACGGUGACCUAGAUGACUAUGAGGAAGACGGUGAUGAGGGGCUACUACAAGAUGAUGAGGAUUAUGUUAUCAGCGACGAUGCCAGCGAGAAUAGCGGUAGUGGCAACAGUACGAAGAGUUACAAUCCCAACGGUGGCAGCACCCAAGGUAACAAUGACCGCUCUACUCUACCAGAUCUCUCUCCCGCAGUUAGUACCGCCAUUGGCAGUGGCAACGGCAAUAGGCGCGCCUCACACGACGCAAAUACCACGGAAAGUUCAAUUUGGAACCGUAUGCUCACUGCAUUGAACGACGAAUUGCCAAAGUACGAAGACCUCUUUCCAACGUCGGGUAAGGAAAAACACACCCAUCAAGUCAAUCGCGAACAUACACAUGCUCUGGAGUCCUCUCCGGGCCCAGACUCCCUUUCUGCCAUCACCUCCAGCGCUGCGGAGGAUUCUCAAACUUCGUCCGAGGACGAAGAAGACGCUCUUCAGGCCCGUCUCAACCGCUUUUUCCAGCAGAGACAGAAUUUCCGCAACGACAAGAUGCUUCUGUUCUUCUGGCUGCCACUAACCAUCGUCCUGCUAUCCUCAUUCCUGUUAUUUGAGUUCGGCAACGACGGCAAUACCAUCCACCAUUGGUCUAAGCAGGUGUCAGAAUACCUGAGGGUCGGGUUGGCCAACGUUAUGUUAGGUAAUGAACGAGUGAAGGGCGCUUUCAAGGACUCAUUUCACAGUCUCCAAGUAGGGAUAGUCGAUGGUUCCAGCUAG